GUCUUGGCGCAGCGGACCAGAAUGGAUGCUCCGGCUGUGAUUCUGCAUUUACACACUUGACAGACGGCUGGUUUUUCAAGAUAGACAUGGGAAAAGGUUGUAAAGUUGUGGUGUGUGGCCAGGCUGCAGUUGGAAAAACUGCCAUUCUGGAGCAGCUGCUGUACGGAAAUCACACCGUAGGCUCAGAGUCCAGUGAGACGCAGGAGGACGUGUAUGUGGCCUCAGUGGAAACGGACCGAGGUGUGAAGGAACAGCUGAGGCUCUACGACACCAAAGGACUUCAUGAUGGACAAGACCUCCCCAAGCACUACUACUCAGUGGCCGACGGCUUCGUCCUGGUUUACAGUGUGGACAGCAUGGAGUCUUUCAAAAGGGUGGACCUUCUGAAGAAGGAAAUAGACAAGUCCAGAGAUAAAAAAGAGGUGACGGUCAUAGUGCUCGGGAAUAAAACCGACCUGCGGGAGCGUCGGCAGGUGGACCAGGAUGCAGCGCAGCAGUGGGCUCGUGGUGAAAAGGUGAAGCUGUGGGAGGUGAGCGUCACUGAACGCAACUCUCUAAUCGAACCCUUCACCCAGCUGACCAGCCGCCUGACACAGCCUCAGAGCAAGUCUGCCUUCCCUCUGCCUGGACGCAAAAACAAAGGCACCACAUCCAACGACAUCUGAAGCUCCACUCCACAUCCACUCCUUCCUGCUCCUGGUAACAAUGAGCUGCAUUCACCUCACGUGGGAACAACCAGCUGGACUACAUGGACUUCAUUUUGAGAACACGGUUUUUGUUGCAUCGAUGUACAUGUGACCAUUUUACACACAUUCCUUCACUUAUAUUCAGUCCUACCAUAAAUCUUGUGGACUGGUUCAAUAUUUUGGCAAACACUUUAGCUUUCUUACUUUGUGAGAGUUCGAUAUGUGAUACCAGACAUGACAGUAGUAAAUUGUAGAGGUGCUGUUGGGCAAA